UCGAUAGCAAGAGACGAUUUUCAUCGAAAAAUCGUUCAUUAAAAAAAAAGUGAUAAGAAAAAAAAAUUUUUUUAAUAAAAAUGUGUGCGAAUAUUUGUGAAAAUACCCUAAUUUAUGCAGAAAUCGAGACUGCAGACAAGAAAAGUCAAGUAAAAAUCGAUUCACGGACAGAAAAAGUGAUGCGUGGCGCACUUUUAGCGACAAUUAAUUCCGCAAAACAAAUUUAUUACUGCUACAAUCGUGUAAAUGACCAAUUUUUGGCAUCGAAUUUCUACAAAGUAUUAACGCGCACCACGCAGCCCGCGCAUUUGGUUGCCUUACUGAUAGCUACCUUCGUGCUCAGCAUAUUAUGGCCAAAUUUGGUGUCGAGUCCCGCUGUUGCCGUCGUCGUCGAAGAAGAAAGUUCCAAAAGUUCGAGAAAAUACACAAUUUUGAUGUAUUUGGGUGUGUUUGCGACGCACUUUGGCGCCCAAAUGUGGAUGACUUUCGUUUCGGGACUUUCACUGUAUUUCAAUUUACCACGCCACAUUUUCGGUCAAUGUCAACAAAUAUUGUUCCCCCGAUACUUUACGCUUAACUCAAUUUUAAGCAUCAUCGCGUUAAUUACAUUCAUAAAGGCGCAUGAUCGUCACACGUGGAUCUUGUCGUCGUACGUUCAGGUGAUUGCAUUAACGCUCUGCGCUGUAAUUGAAUUAACAGUUCGAUUAUAUUUGGCGCCGCCAAUGCUGACAUUGCUUCAUCAGAAAUAUCGUUUGGAGCGACGUGAAGGAGUUGGCAAAGAAGUCGGUCGUUUCGAGUAUCACGACAUGCUGACGAAAAAUUUGAGCUUUAGUGAAAUUCAUAAAAAAUUCCGGCGAUACCACACGAUAAUUGCGAGUGGCAAUUUGGUGACAGUCGUUUGUACGUUCGUUCAUUUGCAUUAUUUAGCGUCGAAAAUUGUGGCGAUCUAACACUUGGAGUGUCAUCGAGAUUUUAAAGUAUUUUAUUUUGGGUUCUGUGAUGACUUGCCGAAGCCAAAUUAGCUAGUUUAUUUAUUUUUGAUAAGGAUUUCUAAUUAUUUCUUAGAUUUUAAUGCAAAGCUCCUAUUAGAUGAUAAGACACACAAAUUUUUAAAUUAUUUGGUUUGAUUCGUGUGAGUGAAGAAGUCUGAGUGUCUUAAUCCCAUAAAUAAAAAAAAUUUGUAUUUAAUUUUUAAGUAGGCUCGCUUUAACAAAUUUUUUUGACAGAUGUCAUAAAUUUUGAUAAAAUUUGUUUUUUUUUUGAACAUUUUUUAUCAAAAAUUAUGACAUCUGUCACUUACAAAAUACUUCUAUGGAGAUUCUAACAUUAACUUAACAAAUG